CUGCCUCCGCCAGCCCGGGUAGUGCCCUUCCCCACAGAUCCACCUGCUCCUCCCAAAGCCCUGUCCCCCUCCCCAGCCUUGAGCCCCAGCCCUUGCUGCUCCUCUCUCUUCACAGAUUUGGGGGGCUGCUUUCAGAUUGGCAGGAAUAUUGUGGGGAGCUACUCCGGAUCACCAGGGCCAUGCACCCCGGGGCUCCUGCAGCCCCUGGAAUCUCCGAGCCAGGGCCCCGGGAGCUGUGUGCUUUUGUGAGCGGGGCAGCUGCCCACAUACUGCGCACCCUGCACCCCCGUCGGACCCGGCCCCCAAAAAGGAGGCCCAACCACAGGAGGUUCCUGCACAACCAGAUCUGCAGGCAGUUUGCCAAGAUUGAAGCUGCCACUCAGCGCCUAACCAUGUCCAUCCUGUCCCAGGAGGCACCUCCCCGGAGACAACCACCCCAAAGGCCACCCCCACCACCUCCAUCCCCCUUCCUGGGGGUGGCCUGUGCUGUGGCCCCCACUGAGGCACCCUAUGCCAGCCCCAGCCUGAGUCUCGCUGCCCUGGAUGCCUCCACCCUCGACCUCUUUGAUGACAUUGCACUCACCCCAGAGUGUCCCUCACCCCACCUCUUCGGUGACUAUCCCUCCAGUUCCGUCUUACCCUGGUUCAUCUCUGCCUAG